GACGCGGUCAUGGCCAGGCAGCAUAAACCUGUUAUCAGAUGUCACUACAGUAUCCAUUGAUAGUAAUAACGUAAUUGUCCGAGAUGGUAUGCAGGAAGGCAUCUGAGGAGACUUACACAGGAUAUAAAUCAGAGGCAAGUUUCGUCCAGGUUCGAAGUUCGGUUUGGCCGCGAGCUGCAAGAAAGGAACGUUGUAGGCGCCCAAUUUAGAUAUACCCAACUUUCUUUCCUCCUUUCACCAUCCUCAAUUUUGAAUGCAUCAUUCUCUCCUUAGUUCGUAAUUAUUCAUUGAAAAUAUGUCAGCCUCUACACCGAUUACUGUGAGGAAAGCUUCACGGCUACUCGCUGCACUUGAUGGGCCCGAAGUGCCUCUUGCACCGGUCACUCCGCAGUUGUAUGCGGGUGGUGUAAAACGGGCCUUUGACGAUGAAGACAACGCUCCUAUCAUGCCUGGCGGAAUAAAGGACUUUAUGGGGAGCAAUAAGAGAAGAGCCACUGGUUUGGGGCUGGACCGAGCGAACAUCCUCGCGACACCCGGUUCUUCGGGUUCUGCAGCAGUGGAUGUUGAAAUGAUGUCCCAGUUGUUAGGCAGAACGCCUUCGACUUCUCAGACAAGAGCACCGGGAGCACUUGGUGCAAGCGGUCUGUCAUUUAGGAUCAACUAUGACCAGGAGACCAGUGUGAAGCCGAUUGAUAUUGGGGGAGCAGACCAAAAUUUGCGAAUGGCGGAGUUCGUGACGAGAACAAUAGAUAAUUCUUCUCAUGGCCUUACCGUUCAGAAAGCUAUGGAGAACCUUGGGCUCCGAGACAAGAAAGAUCUAAUACCCGGUAUGGAAGUUCGCCUGCUUCCUCACCAGAUAAUUGGCGUUAGCUGGAUGAUUGACCAAGAAUGCAAGUCGCGCAAUAGGGGCGGAAUACUCGCUGACGAUAUGGGGUUGGGUGUGUAUCCGGCUUCAUCAUUAAAAGCAUUGAGUAAAACUGUCCAGAUGAUCGCAACGAUGGUCAUCAACCAACCAAAGGAGGAAGACAAGGCGCGAACCACACUCAUCAUAGUUCCCGCCGCUUUGCUUCUCCAAUGGAAAGAAGAAUUGGAUAGCAAGACGAACGAAAUCUUCAAUGUGCAUAUUCAACAUGGUAAAGACAAGCUCAAGUCAGUCUCGGCUUUGCAAUCCAAAGACGCCAUCAUUACUACAUACCAGACGCUCAACAUGGACUUUGGAGUACCCGAUGAUAUCAAUCCUGAUGAAGAAAUGGAAUGGCUAGCCGAGAAUGGAGGCGUUUUAGCGCGGAUGAAAUGGUACCGCAUAAUCACGGACGAAGCGCAAUUCAUCAGGAACAGGGCGACACGUUCGAGCAAGGCCGUCGCGAUGCUUCGCGCCAGGUACCGAUGGUGUUUGACUGGUACUCCUGUAACAAACACACUUGCCGAUAUCUACGGUCUCCUUCGAUUUGGUCAUUUCCGACCAUGGAACGAUUGGGGUGAUUUCAAUGAAUACAUCGCUAAGACGCAACUGGAGGAUGCACCACUUGCUGGACUGCGAGCCCAAGAAGUUCUGAAACCCCUUCUUCUGCGGAGGACGAAGAAUUCUGAAUUGGAAGGACGUCCCCUCCUUGAACUGCCGCCCAAAGACAUCGAACUGGUCAAAGUUGAUUUCUCAGACGAGGAGCGCGAGGUUUAUGAUGCCUUCGAGAAACGAGCGCAAAUUCGGAUCAACAAGUAUAUUCGCGAGAGAACCAUAGUCAAAAACGCUACCGCCGUCUUAGUAUUGAUCCUCCGUCUGCGUCAACUCUGUUGCCAUCCCUAUCUGAUUCUAAGCCAAACCGAUGGUUUCGAAGAUCCUACUCUCAUGCUCAGCGGUGAAGCCGAGAAGGAGCUCGCUCGAGCAAGCAAAGUCAUGGGUGCAAAAUGGGUCCAUCAAGUCAAGCAGCGCUUCCUUGAGCGUGCAAAGACGAGCAAGUUCGACUGGGACGACGAAAUGGAUGCUGACGAAGCUACGUGUCCAAAUUGUGGCGACUUGUUCGUUAACGAUAGUGGAAGAGUACUAGGAUGUGGCCACGAGAUUUGCUUUGACUGCUCGCUCGAUCUGAGCAAUGCUCCACCCGCUCACGAUGGUAUCUUCGGCCAAGGUGACGAGCAGGCGAACCUCCGGAUUGAGAAAGACUUCGAAGCUGCAGUAGCCAAAGGCCUUCGUCCUUGCCCGACUUGUAAGAAGAUGAACGACAUGAGAGCCUCACACGUCUUUAAGUCCUCUGCAUUCGAACCUUCGGAGGAAGAGUUCAAAAGUGCGACGAAACGUGCUCCAUCUCGUGUAACGCCUUCGCGACAAGCUUCCAGCUCAGGUCCGGCGAGGAAGAGUCCAGCUCCCAAGGUGCAUACCAUAGAGGAUAUUAUGGACUUGAGUAGUUCUUCCGACGAAGAACUCCCAGACGUUUCAACCUUGUUGAUGCGACGUUCUUCGUCGCCUAAAGCCAAGGUCAAGAAGAAUGUGAUUGUCAGUGACGAUGAAGACAACGAUGGCCUCGAUCUCACUAUUGACAAACAUCGGAAGAAGGCUGCAGAACAGAAGAAGGGAAAGGCGUACACAGGAAAUCAUUCUACUGGAGAGUUGAAUCAAGCCCUCGUGAAGACGUGGCGGAAGGGCGACAGCGAUAUGGAACCUAGUGCAAAGAUGAUGGCCCUUGUUCACUACCUGAAGGAGUGGGAUUCUACAGGAGACAAGACUAUUGUCUAUUCCCAGUGGACGUCCAUGUUGGACCUGAUUGAGACGCUCUUCUCACGAUAUGGCAUUCAGAACUUAAGAUACGAUGGUAAGAUGAAUCGAGAGGCUCGUGAGGCGGUUCUGGCGCGGUUCAGAAAAUCCGGUGGUCCUAGGGUCAUGUUGAUCAGUACGAAAUGCGGUGGAGUUGGGCUGAACCUAGUCUCUGCGAACCGAGUGAUUAAUAUGGAUCUGUCGUGGAACUAUGCAUCAGAGUCUCAAGCAUACGAUCGUGUGCAUCGUCUUGGCCAGGAGAAAGACGUAACCGUCAAACGAUUAGUUGUUCGCAACACUAUUGAAGAUCGUAUGCUGCAGCUUCAGGAAACGAAGACUGGAUUAGCUGAAGCAGCGCUCGGUGAGGGGAACGGUAUCAAGUUGCAUAAGCUGAGCGUGAAACAACUUAAGGCGUUGUUCGGUAUGAACCACAACAACGGUAACGGUACUCCAGGUGGAAGCCAGUGAUCUGAUGUGUAAGAUAUUUGUAUGCUAUAAGCUGGGCUAAUUAGUUGAUAGGUGAGGGCGUCCCUCACUAUUCACUUCAACCUGCUCAUGCUAUUCAGCUUUAUAAUGUAUAUACCACGCCGAUGGACCUUGUUGUGCCAAUAGAUUAUACCGUCAUGCUAUUUCAGCUUUUCCACCCUUCUGCUCAGUUCUCUCCAAGUCGCGUUCUCAAGCGUCAACUAACGCCUGACCUGCCGUUGCAGCGUAGGUAACACCAUGGACCGCCACUAAGGUACGUCUUGAGCUCACAACUACCAACCUACUCCUUGCGUCUAUCUCUGUAGCACCCCUUACAUGACAAAAACUGCUUUAUCUGUGAAUUUUGCUCGA